UCCAAGAGUUAGCUUCAGAGCCUUCAGUCCCAUUAAUGGAAACCGCUAAAGCUGGCGUGGGAGAAAACCCAUGUUCCAAAACAGACAGACUUGUAUUUGCUGCACAAAUCCUCUUCAGAAUUGCGGCGACCGGGACGGCAUUGGCCGCCGCAUGUGUGAUAUUCAAUGCAAAGCAAACCGUUGUUGUUAUGGGAAUGUCAUUUGAUGCUAAAUAUACUUAUUCUCCUGCUUUCAAGUUCUUCGCCUUGGCGAAUGCCAUUGCAUGUGGUUUCACUUUCCUCUCCUUGGUGAUGGCUAUGUUAUUUUCUCGCCAUGGAUUAACCGCUUCUAUCUACUUCAUCUUCUUCCUACACGAUCUGUUGAUGGUGUCUCUGAUGUUAUCCGGUGUGGUGGCGGGGACGACAAUCGGAGCGGUAGGCCGAGACGGAAACAGCAAGACGGGUUGGCUUAAAAUAUGUAAUCGAUUUGAGAAAUACUGCGGGCAGGUGAGCACUUCAUUGAUGCUGUCGUAUGUUGCAAUGAUUUGCUUGCUGGUGCUUACCAUCACCUCCGCCGCCAAGUCUAGAAAUUAG